CAGGUAUAGCUCGGUGUCUCUUUCAGGAAGUCAACGCAGAAACAACAGAGCAAGGAAAGAGCAAAGAAAAUCUUCUGUGAAAGUGCAGCCACACGACAUAAGUCAAAGAAAAUAAUGUCCUUAACCGUUUUGACGUCUGCUUACAGACUGAGGUCCCUUUGCAGACUGCAGCGAAUCCAUGGCCACAUGAUGUCGAGUCGUGUGGAACCAGAGGUUCUUUUGGAGAGAGUGGGGUGCGCAGGUGUGAUCACUAUAAACAGACCCAAAGUCCUAAAUGCCCUCAACCUGACCAUGGUCCAACAGAUCUACCCUCAGCUCAAGAAAUGGGAAAAUGACAAUGAGAUUGACAUUGUGAUCAUCAGAGGAGCAGGUGGGAAGGCCUUUUGUGCUGGUGGAGACAUCAGAGCGGUCACAGAAGCAGGGAAAGUUGGAGACCCUCUUGCAGAGGAUUUUUUCCGUGAGGAAUAUAUUCUCAACAAUGCUAUUGGAUCAUGCAGGAAACCAUAUAUUGCCCUAAUUGAAGGAAUAACAAUGGGAGGGGGCGUAGGUCUGUCAGUUCAUGGACGGUUCCGGGUGGCCACUGAGAAGACGCUGUUUGCCAUGCCAGAGACUGCCAUUGGGCUUUUCCCUGAUGUGGGAGGUGGCUAUUUUCUGCCGAGGCUCCGGGGGAAGCUGGGACUGUUUCUGGCCUUGACGGGCUUCCGUCUCAAGGGCCGUGACGUGCAGAGAGCUGGAGUUGCCACUCACUUUGUAGAGUCUAAGAAGAUCCCAGACUUGGAGAAGGAGCUGGUGGACUUGAAGUCUCCCUCUGCUGAAGACGUCUCCAAAGUGCUAGACUCCUACCAGAACCAGAGUAGUCUGGAUUCUGAGAAGCCUUUUGUGUUGGACAAGCACAUGUCGGAUAUUGACAGGUUGUUCAGCUCCAGCAGUGUGGAGGGCAUCGUGCAGAACCUGAAGGCAGAUGGCUCAGAGUUUGCUAACAAACAAGCUGAGACACUGUCCAAGAUGUCUCCCACAUCCCUGAAAAUCACCUAUAGGCAGCUGCAGGCGGGUGCAACUCUGAGCCUGCAGGAUGUGUUGGUGAUGGAGUAUCGACUGAGCCAGGCUUGCAUGAGGGGCUGCGAUUUUUAUGAGGGUGUACGAGCCGUAUUGGUUGACAAGGACCAGAAUCCCAAGUGGAACCCGUCAACACUGGAGGAGGUGUCAGAGCAAGCUGUGGAGCAGUGCUUCUCCUCACUGGGAGAGAAAGACCUGACUUUAUGAAGCUUCACACCUUCAAACACGCACACACACCACUAAGCCUUCUUUGAGCCUUCUGUCCCCACAUCCCUUUAUGGUCAGUCAUGUGAGAGGACUGUUGAGGAUGAGAGAAAGUCUGGUAUUUUACAACAAGUACAUCCAUAGGUCAUAUACCUAAUAGUUUGACUCAGUACUAUUAAAUACUGCAGUGACAUUUUACAGGAAUAUCCAGGCUGCUCCUCUGCAGCUGAGGAAAAGAAGGUCUGAUUCAUCACAGCUAGAAAUCAAAAAUAGUAGCAGAAGAGGCAGCUUACAGAUGCCCUGUGUGUCACACAUGAAAAAUGUUUAGUGUAAACUUGCUCUGCAGUGGAAGUGGAGUGGAGUGUUUUUCUUUUACAUAAGUCAAAUAACUCUGCUGCUGCAAUUGCAAAGAAUCUGCCGCACAGCAGCAUUAACACGAGGACAUGAUCAGGAUCAGAUGAUAUAUUGUCUCUGUUUCUGUAGUUUUUGUCUGUUUCCUGUAUUUUUCUUUUUUUAGAUGGAUAAAGAAAGAAAGAAUUCUCUGACACAUCCAAACAACACUCCCAAAACAAAUGGCAGAUUUAGACAUUUAUCAUUAUUGGUUCUGAAUGCAUUUACAUGAUUGUUACAUUGCAUUUCUGUGUGUGAUAUAGUGAGUUUUUAUAGUUUACCUCAUAGUAUCAAAUCGCCUCCCUAAACAUAAGUUCUCAAUAUCUGCAUUAUUUUUGAGACACCAGUAAGGCAUUGAUUCUGGAACAAAGCGCAAUAAAGAGUUGGUAAUGAAAUCUAAAAUGUUGUUUUCUUGGUGCGUGAAGAAACAGUUUUCAAGAACUACAGUCAUUGAGGGCAGGAUCUUUUAUGACCUGCUUUUAGAGUGGUCUUGUGAAACAUUGACACGUCAGAGUGGCUUUGUUAUCAGCACUAAGCUGCUGCUCAAAUAUUAAGUCUAUAAAGUAAAUAUUUAUUGUAGCUGCAUGUUGGGUUAUAAACUGUUGUGUUCUACCUACAGUAUCAGCAGGAAGUGCUGAAUAUUUUGUGUGACUGCUAUAAUGGUCUAAAAGAUUAUUAAAGACUUGUCUGUUCCUAAUGAACGACCACUA